ACUUCCAACACUCUCCAUGGAUGGGUAGACCUGCAGAGACUCGCUUCGGAGGUUAUUCUUCUUCUAGAUCUAAUUAUCCUAUUCAGAGUUAUUAUUUGUUUCUCUGGUGUUUCUAAAGCUACCUCAGAUGGCCUCCCUAGAUUUCGAAUCCUUAACAGAGGCAACUUCAGGGGCAAUCGGUGCUCUUCUGAGUACUACCAUUCUUUAUCCCCUCGACACCUGCAAGACUAAGUACCAGGCUGACGUUCGGUCUCAAGGUCAGGCAAAAUACAGGUACCUCUCAGAUGUUUUGUGGGAAGCAAUUUCAACCGGUCAGGUUUUUUCAUUGUACCAAGGGCUUGGGACCAAGAACCUGCAAUCUUUCAUAUCACAGUUCGUCUACUUCUUUGGGUACAGCUACUUCAAAAAACUGUAUCUGAGGAGGAGCGGAAUGAAAUCCAUUGGAACAAAAGCAAACUUAAUUGUUGCUGCCGCUGCUGGGGCUUGCACUGUCAUAGUAACAAUGCCUCUUGAUACAGCGUCAUCAAGGAUGCAGACCAGUGCAUUUGGGAAAUCCAAAGGGCUAUGGAAAACACUUUCGGAAGGAACUUGGAUCGAAGCAUUUGACGGCCUUGGGAUAUCCCUUCUUUUGACCUGUAACCCAUCUAUCCAGUACACAGUAUUUGAUCAGCUGAAAGAAAGACAGCUGACGAUUCAAAAGAACAACAAAGCAAGUGGAGAGUCUUCGAAGGAAGCGCUUUCGGCAUUUCAAGCUUUUGUAUUGGGGGCUGUCUCAAAGAGCAUAGCCACUUUCUUGACGUAUCCUGCUAUUAGGUGUAAAGUAAUGAUCCAAGCUUCUGACCCAGAUGAUGAUGAUGGGUCCAAGGAGGCUCAACCCAAGUCCAAAAAAACUGUCUCAGGUGUAUUAUAUACAAUUUGGAAAAAGGAAGGGUUGCUAGGUUUCUUUAAAGGAUUGCAGGCUCAAAUUUUGAAGACUGUACUAGGCUCAGCUUUACUUCUCAUGAUCAAGGAGAAAAUCACAAGGACCACAUGGGUCCUGAUGCUUGCACUUCAGAGAUAUCUGUUGGUCGUGCCACGUAGAUUAAAGGAUGCAUAAUGUCAACGGAGAUAAUCUAUGCUUAAAUCUUUUGUAAUUAAAAUGUGGCAGCAAAUUGGUUUCUUUGCCAUGUUAUGAAUUUUGUAGCUGAGGAAUAAGUGUUACUAAGUAUAGUUUGCCCAAGUUUAAUAAGUCAGGGAGGGAAGUGCAGAUUGUGCCGACAUUUUUUUAUUAUUAUUCUUUUUUUUAGAACAAAGAACUAUGGUUGUAGACUGUUUUGUUUUUGAGAAUGUGCAAUCGUCACUCUCAACUUGAGGGUUAAAAUGCA